AUGCUUUGUGCUAUCGCUCGCACCACUUUGAACGAUGACGUUUACAUGGAAGACGAAACAACAAUAAACUUCGAGCAAGAAGUGGCUGAUCUCUGCGACCACGAAGCCGCCGCAUUUGUUGUCUCCGGUACGAUGGCGAACCAGCUAGCUUUACGAACACUGCUCUGGCAACCUCCACAUGCUAUCCUUGCCGAUGCAAGUGCGCAUAUAGUUCACUGGGAAGCUGGCGGAAUCUCCCACUUUUCGGGAGCCAUGCUGCAAACUGUGCGGCCAAGCAACAAUCUUUAUUUGACUCUAGAAGAUAUCCAAAAGAGUGCCGUCCUGUCGUAUGACGUACACAAGUGCCCAACAAGAGUUGUGAGCAUUGAAAAUACUUCAAACGGAAGCUUGGUACCACUAGAAGAAUUACGUAGGGUCAAAGAUUGGGCUACAAGAGCCGGGAUACAGGUUCAUAUCGAUGGUGCAAGGCUUUGGGAAGCCAUUGCAGCUGGGGGUGGUACACUCUCAGAAUACGCUCAGUGUGCUGAUUUGCUGACUGUCGACUUCAGCAAGGGUAUUGGUGCACCAAUGGGUGCGAUGGUCAUCGGUUCAGCAGAGUCGAUCCAGCGGUUGCGCCGGAUUCGCAAAAGUAUAGGCGGUGGUAUGCGUCAGUCUGGAGUUUUAGUUGCAGCUGCAAGACAAGCACUUCUUGAGAAUUUUGGGAUGAGCCAGACUGAUAUAAGAGGAAUUUUGAAGAAAAGUCAUUCGUUGGCAGGUACCAUUGGGAUGCUAUGGACUGAAAAGGGGGGAAAGCUAGUCAGACCCGUGGAAACAAAUAUUGUAUGGCUAAAUCUGAGGGCCUCAGGUGUUACUGAUAGUGAAUGGAACCAAGCUGGGCAUAAGCAUGGGAUCAAGUUGAUGGGUAACCGAGUCGUUACGCAUUACCAGAUAAGCGAUCAGGCUCUUUCCGCACUGACAUCUGUCAUCCUGAGCGUUCUCACAAACCAGAAACAGGGGGGUACUAGAGAAAAGGACUGUCGAACUGUAAAGUUGUGA